GCCCUGGCAACGGCGCGGGGCGUGGCUCCGGGCUGGAUUGGUGACGCCUGGGCCCCGCGGGCGCCUGCGCAGUGGUCAAGGCCGCGCUGGCGCCGAGGGGCUGUGGGAGUGUCCGUGGCUGCUCCACCGCUGACGCCGCACCAUGGCGGACGAGGAGCUUGAGGCGCUGAGGAGACAGAGGCUGGCCGAGCUGCAGGCCAAGCAUGGGGAUCCUGGCGAUGCGGCCCAACAGGAAGCAAAGCACAGGGAAGCAGAAAUGAGAAACAGUAUCUUAGCCCAAGUUCUGGAUCAGUCGGCCCGGGCCAGGUUAAGUAACUUAGCACUUGUAAAGCCUGAAAAAACUAAAGCAGUGGAGAAUUACCUCAUACAGAUGGCAAGAUAUGGACAACUGAGUGAGAAGGUAAGCUUAGACUGCCUUGAGGAACUUUACCUGCUUUAUCAAAACAUGGCUUCAGAAGGUCAGCUGCAUCUUCAUUGGAUUACAGAAUUCUUGCUGACUCUUAGAAGAAAUUGUUGGAAAGAAUAGUCAUACCUACCUGAGAAUUAAUUGCCUUUCCUAAAUUCCUCUGCUUUGCUCCUUUCCUGGCGUUGCUGUGGAACCUUGUUGGUGUCUGUGACCCAAUGACUGUUAGGGUCAGCUAGCUUCAAUUGCCCCUGCACUGGAAACAAGCUUUGUCAGUAACACCAAUUAAAAUACUACCAGUGUAAGUAGAGGUGUGUUUUGCAGAUGAGAAGGUGCUAAGAUCCCUUGGAUAUGUUCUGUGUUUUGCUGUAAUGCCAUGAGGGGUAUGUUCUGACAAACCUGACCUUUGAGAUCCAGAUGAGCCCCACCUGCCCUGAGAAGUCCUCUGCCACCACCACAGCCUACCCGAAUCAGUCCUGUCCCCUUAACCCCUUACACUGAGAACUGCUUGUGUAUGUGUGUGGGGGUGGGGUGGGGAGCUAGUUAGGCUGAUCAUUUACGUGUGUGACUUACCUCGUUCAAGGGGAUGUUUAAGCAUCGGGCAGAAGUGGUGUGUCUGUAUUCCUGACACCAAACACAGUGGUAUAUGUGGUUGUCACACCCAGCUGGUGAUGAUAAAGGUGUUCCUAAGUAUCUGUUAGCUUUCAGUUUUCCUGAGGAAGCAAUUUUAUGGAUACUUCCCCCUCCUCAAAUGAGGAAUGGCAGAGCAAAUUUUAUUUGGAGCUUAAACCAACAGUUAUAACCAAUAGUUUCAACCUCCUUCCUUACCACUCCUUCCUUCCUGAGCUCUUUCCCCACACCUCAAAAAAGACUACAAAGUGAUUCCAUCUGCAGAGGUAAAUUCUUUGUUUAAAAAAGUACUGUUUUUCUUUCUUUUAUCUUUUCUGGUUC